AACUCUGGUCACACUUCCGUUAUGUUUGUGAAAUUUGAAACGUUUUUUGCUGACAAAGUUCUAUUUUCAUGAACCACGAUUCAGCAUGGAGCAAACUAUUAAAAUGGAAGUGAAAAUCGAGAAGGCGGAGCCCCGGGACGAGAACGAUCCUACGCCUCUGCGCGAGAGGCUUGAGGAAUCUCCACGUGCCAGUGGCCUUGAGCCCGACACUUCUGUGUCGAAUUGCAGGUGGGACAGCGAUCUAGAGGAAGAUGUACAACACUCGGCGCGCCCACCCACUCCAGGAGCCAGCCUGCAGGCGACCAUUCAACCCAAGGAUGACUUUAAGAUGGAUCCCGAUCAUGUGAUGCUGGAUGAUCUUCUCAAUGAUUUACCCAAUACUCCUCCCCCUUCUUAUAGUCCCCCUUCUUCUUCUGCUUCUUGUCCUACAACUGUACCCCCCUUUAAUCCCGUCCUGGAUGGCCUUCCGAGCGCUUAUACGGCCCGCGAAAACCUAGAGGAUAUGGAUUUGUGCAGCCGUGGAGACGAAGACAGCGAUGCCGAGCUCAUAGCCGAGAAGAUGGAGAUCCUCCGAAAGUUGGCCAUGGUGAAUGAGAGUGAUCAGGGGGGAAGUGGAGAACAAAAGAAGAAGAAGAAGAGUGGGAAGAGGAAGCGCUCCCAUCACUCGAGCAAAGAGAAGGAGGAAGAGGCUGAAAGUAAGAAGCGGCCGAGGAGCAACAGUUCGCCGGAUGAAAGCCAGAAGGAGAACAAGCGGAACCAGAGCCACCACUGGCCCGGACGUCGCAUUAAGGCCGAAAAACCAGAUCUUGAUUAUGUUCCAGUGCGAGAUGACGAGAAGCGCCUGCGCGUGGUCAAGACCUCUAAUCUCCUGGAGAGUGCCCCGAAGCCCCCAAAGAUGUUUCCAAAGAUGGAAAAUCUUUCAAAACAGGACAAACGAAACCUGGGCGUGGCACGGGCCCAACUGGCGCUGGAACUGUUUCAGAAGAAUGCCAAUAAAGAUGAUGAACGCGAGGUCCUAAUGGUGGAAACCAUGUGCAAGCUGCCGGUUCAUGAUUCCUUUCGGAACCAAAAUGGCUUUGAGAAUCCCUCGCCCCUUUGCAACAACAUGAACGUGGUGUACGAGUUCAACUCGGCCCCCGGAACGCGCAUCGAACUGUCCAAAUGGGGCCUGGAAGUUUUACCUCGGCCGAUCCGAGAACUGUGCCGCAUCCUGGGCAUAGAUAUACAUCGUUUAAAGGAGAUCCAGAAAACGGCAACGCCGUCGCAACACAUACUCAAGCUGAAGAAGGAGCAAAUGGAGCUGGGAGUGGGCUCUGAAGAGGCGGAAGCGGAUAAGGCGACGCUCUUCAAGAAUGCUGACACUCAAACGGAUCACAAGACCUUCACCCAAGAUGCUGGAACCCAGGCGCGCCUGGAGGCCCCACCGAUGGACUCUACCUUCUGGCAGAAACGCUCCUUCAACCCAACCGACUUGUCUCAGCAGCAGUCAAAUGUAAUGUACGCCCUGCAGGAGAUCGCCAGGGCGAUUCCAGAUGACUCCAUUGCCGAGACACUUUACAGGAGACUGGGUCCAGCCCUGGCCAUCGUUCGCCAUACCAUUCGCUAA